AUGGCGGCGCCCUUGCUGCGGCGUGGCAUUUGCAGGCUCCGUGAGAUGCAGCCGUGGUUAUGGACGAGCCAAAUUCACAGCACUUCCCAAGGCUUCGCAGAGAUGCUCCGACUGCCGAAGGAUCAAAUGACGAAGCUCGUGUUCCCGCUACAAGAGCUCCAGCGGCACCUCAUCCCGGAUUCGAAGUCCUCCUUCCACCUGAAUAUCUUCGAUCCGAACCUGAAAGACAUCUCCAGGGCUGAGAGCUUCUUUACGGCCACUGCCACCAAUCGCAUCGAGUACGUCAGUUCUGCCGUACGUGUUGACCACGCCCCUAGUCUGCCACGCCCAGAGGUGUGUUUUAUAGGCAGAAGCAAUGUUGGAAAAUCUUCUCUAAUAAAGGCUUUGUUUGCACUGGCCCCAGAGGUUGAAGUGAGAGUCUCAAAAAAACCGGGCCAUACAAAGAAAAUGAAUUUUUUCAAAGUUGGAAAACACUUCACAUUGGUGGAUAUGCCAGGUUAUGGCUAUAGAGCACCUGAAGAUUUUGUUGACAUGGUAGAGACCUAUCUAAAAGAACGACGGAAUUUGGUGAGAACAUUUUUAUUAGUGGAUAGUGUUGUUGGAAUUCAAAAAGCAGACCAUAUUGCCAUAGAAAUGUGUGAAGAAUUUGCAUUACCCUAUGUGAUGGUUUUAACAAAAAUUGACAAAUCUUCCAAGGGACAUCUUUUGAAGCAAGUGCUUGAGAUCCAAAAAUUUGUUGAUACUAAAACACAAGGCUGUUUUCCUCAGUUGUUUCCUGUAAGUGCUGUGACCUAUUCUGGAAUCCAUAUGUUGAGAUGCUUUAUAGCAACUGUAACAGGAAAUCUCAAGACUUGAUAACCUCCGGCAUACCAAACUAAACAGCUGUAUUCCAACAUUGUUUUAAAUGUUGUGUUUCAGUAACUGGUGAAGAAUCACGUCAGUUUUAAAA